CGGCUGCCAUGACAACGAGUCCGCGCCCCGCGCACGGCUGCCGCUCGGGCGGGACCCAGGCUGGACCGCGGGCCCCGGCCUGGGGGAACAGCUGCUACCGCCGCCGCCACCUCGUCUUCUCCACGUCCCCGCCCCGCCCCGCGUCUCCUCGCCUCCCUCGGGUCCGCGGCCGGGGUCCCGCCCCGCCGCCCAAGCCCUGCGCGGAUGCCGAAGGUGAAGGCGCUGCAGUGCGCCCUGGCGCUGGAGAUCCGCUCUGUAACUUGCCCAGGAGUGGUGCUGAAAGACAAGGAGGACAUCUAUCUUAGCAUCUGUGUGUUUGGCCAAUACAAAAAGACACAAUGUGUCCCAGCCAAUUUUCCACUGGUCUUCAAUGCCAGAAUGGUGUUUGAAAAGGUGUUCCCUGAAGCAGUAGACCCUGGAGAUGUGGUUGCACAGCUUGAAUAUGAUACAGCAUUGUUUGAGUUGAUUCAGCUAGUUCCACCAGGUACUGUAUUGUAUUUUGAUAAGGAUAUCUUUCUUGUAGUGGGUGAAACACUGUCUACAUAUGAUGAGAAUACACGAGAUUUCAUGUUCCCGGGUCCAAAUCAAAUUUCUGGACACCAUGACUCAAACCGCCAGGUUACCAUGAGGAGGAUUUCUUGCCUUCGCGGAAUUGCUCCAAAGCUGGAAUUUUCUACAACCUCAGUGAUUACCGAAUGUCUGAUAAGUUCAAGGAAGUGCCACACUCAGGAUAAAUUUAUUCACCAUACGGCUCCAGUUGAAAAAUCACACGGCAGACUGCAAACCAGAACACCAAGGUCACAAAAGAAAAAAUCCAAGUCACCUGAGAGAAAUAAAUAUUGCAUAAAUGCAAAAAACUACGAACAGCCUACAAUUUCUUCAAAAUCACACUCUCCAUCUCCUUACACAAAAAGACGCAUGUGUGAGCUAUCUGAAGACACUAGGCGGCGGCUGGCCCAUUUAAAUCUGGGCCCCUAUGAAUUCAAAAAAGAAACAGAUAAACCUCCAUUUGUGAUUAGACAUGUUGAUCCCCCAAGUCCCAGGGCUGAUGCUUUAUUUGGAUCUUCUGGCAGAGACUGUGAAAGAGAUGGAUGGUCCAGGCUGCACAAUGAUCAUUCUCAUCUUGGCUGCUACCGACCCAAGGAUUAUAAGGUCAUCAGAACACCUCAUGGGAGAGACUUCGAUGACUCUUUGGAAAGAUGUGAUGACUAUUUGAGUUCAAGGUCAUGUAGCAAGCCCCAGCAUUCAUCCAGGACCUUACUCGUUCAUUCAGCACCCUCUACAAUGCCGAAGCAUUCUCCAAGCCCUGUGUUAAAUCGUGCUUCUCUCAGGGAAAGAUUCCAUUCUGAUUGGUGUUCACCUUCAAACUGCGAUGAGAUCCAUGACCGGGUAAAGAAUGUCUUGAAAUCACAUCAAGCUCAUCAGAGACAUUUAUAUGAUGAGAGAGACCCAGAGAAAGAAGAUGAACUGGAACUGAAAAGAGGUCUUUUAUACAGAGACUCUGCCUAUGACAGUGACCCAGAGGAUAGCUCAUGUCAGCAGCCACGUGGCACUGUCCAUUUGGAUGAUGGCGAAUACUGGUCCAACAAGGCAGCCUCUUAUAAAGGAAAAUCCCACCGACCCAUCUUUGAGAACAGCAUGGACAAGAUGUACAGGAACUUAUACAAAAAGGCCGGUAGUUCUGUUUCUCGUACACAGGAAAGCUGCUGAGACCAGUGGUGAUAACCUGUAUGAGUGUCCUUGUCAACUUCUCAAUGAAAACAUUUGAUGUGAUCAGUA